AUGUCAGGACCAGCAGCAGUAGCAGCCGUUGAAAGACGGGCAAGUAAUAGAAGCGCUGGUGCCACCGCUCCCGCCGGACGUUUACUCAACUUGCUUGAAAAUGAAUCUAAAGAGCGUAUUUUACGCCUCUUAACGGCUUUCCAAAUGAUGACAGUGUUGGAACAGGAGGCCUUUGCACAGGAGAUGAACGCGUAUCUCUCAAGGGAUGACGAACAACAGGGCGGAGUGGGAAAUUACGUACUCAAAGGACCAGCACUGGAGGUGCGAAUGCGGGAUCGCAGUUACGUUGCGUUGGCCACAUCACCCACACACGGGUCUAAGGCGAUCACAGACCACACAGACACAACCUCCACCACCACUGCAACAACAAUAAGAGAUGAGGGAGAGAGAGAAAAAUUAACCGAGUUGGUUAAAUCGCAGCUAUCAGGAGAACCAUUGGUAGCCUUUCCUUCUACACAGUCAGGGGAUAUUGACACAUCCAUUGAGGAUGUGAAGAGCCGACCCCAUGCAACUACAUAUGAAGAGGCCUCAGAUAAUCAGUCUGGGAAAGGACCUACCACAAAGAAACAGGAGGUUAUGCGUACUGAAUCUCCUACAGAUGAGAAUGUAUCUACAACUUGCUCACAGGAACAACAACAACAACAACAACAAGUACCCCCUGUCUUGUACAGAAGUCGAGGAUACCAAGCACUACGUCUUGCACGUGAUGAUAAACUCUCUGUGGAAGAUACAUACACAAGACCGACAGUGCUGAACCUCACAGGAAUGCCUAUUGAGGAGAGUGAUGUAUGGGAGUGGUUUGAAUGUAUGGAUGUAACUGGAAGUGGUACUGUUGGCGUUGUGCCAUUCUUAACCGCUAUUAAUGAGCUUGAACGUGACUUUGGUGUGAGCCAGCGGGCAAAGGCGGAGUUUGUGGAAGAGGUGGAGGCUCUCGCAACAGAUGGCCUACUCACAUUUGAGAAGUUUGCAUACUUGGUCUCUCGUUUCCCACGGCAGUAA